CUUGAGUCUUUACCAAUCCAUCAUGAAGAUCGGUAGCAUCAUUUCCGGCGUUGUCUUGGCCGCCAUCGCCUCUACCGCGGUUGCCAGUCCUGUUGCCAGUGGCGAUCACCAUCCUGGCGGAGUGGACACUCAGCAGGGUCAUCAUGACCAUCCCGGAAAGCGAGCCGAACCCUGGGGACACCCAGGCCCCAAGGACCCUGGGAGCCACCCCAAGAGAGGCGAUGAGGAUCAGAAACAUCAAGAUCCCCACAGCAAGUCGGGUGGCCAUCCUCACAAGCGUGAGGACGAGCAUCACCAUCCGAAGGGUGGGGAGAGUCCCAGUCAUGGACGCCAGCCUGACCACAACCAGGCGAAGCGUGAGGAUGAGCAUCAUCCCCAAGGCGGAGAGGGCCCCAGACAUGGGCGUCAGCCUGGUCAGAACCAGGUGAAGCGUGAGGAUGAGCAUCAUCCUCAAGGCGGAGAGGGUCCCAGUCAUGGACGCAAGCCUGACCACAACCAGGUGAAGCGUGAGGAUGAGCAUCAUCCCCAAGGCGGAGAGGGCCCCAGUCAUGGGCGUCAGCCCAAUGAGGGUCAGGGGAAGCGGGACGAUGACCACCACCAUCACGGUGGGAAACCCGAGCACGGACAGAAGCGUGAUGAAGAUGAGGAGUCUCAUAAGAAGGAUCCGAAGCACGACAAGCCUGGACACUAGAUAGUUAUAUUAGCAUACUGCUUAAGAACUGCUGAUAGAUCAAUCAAUUGGGGAUGCCCUUGGAAUU